AAAAGAUUAUGUCGCACCGUGGUUCUUAACGCGAGAAUAGCGAACGGGAACUGUGACGGCCGGGAUUUUCAGUCAUCCUUCCUUGGUUAGAACAUGGCUGCUCCGGAUGUACGGCUCAAUCAUUCAAUCUACAUCAACAAUUUGAAUGAGAAAAUCAAGAAAGAUGAGUUGAAAAAGUCGCUAUACGCAAUCUUCUCACAGUUCGGCCAGAUUCUGGACAUCUUGGUGGCACGAAACGUAAAGAUGAAGGGUCAGGCCUUUGUUAUUUUCAAAGAGGUCAACAGCGCUGCAAAUGCUCUAAGAUCCAUGCAGGGAUUUCCGUUCUAUGACAAGCCCAUGCAUAUCCAGUAUGCCAAGAUGGACUCUGACAUCAUAGCUAAAAUGAAGGGGACUUUUGUGGAGCGUGACCGUAAAAAGAAAGAGAAAAAGGUCAAGGGAGCUGAUGCAGCUGGAGCUAAGAAGGGGGUACCAGGAGCUGCUGCACCGAUGGUUGCUGGGGUACCGGCUGCCAUGCCUGGAAUGCCCCCCAUGAGCCAGGCUCCCCGUAUGAUGCAUAUGCCUGGCCAGCCGCCUUAUAUGCCCCCUCCUGGCAUGAUGCCUCCCCCGGGGAUGGCUCCUGGUCAGAUGCCCCCUGGCGCCAUGCCUCCUGGCCAGAUGAUGCCGGGACAGAUGCCACAGCAGGUUGCAGAAAAUCCUCCCAAUCACAUCCUCUUCCUCACCAACCUGCCAGAGGAGACGAACGAGCUCAUGCUCUCCAUGCUGUUCAACCAGUUCCCCGGGUUCAAGGAGGUCCGCUUAGUCCCCGGUCGCCACGACAUCGCCUUUGUGGAGUUUGAGACUGAAGUGCAGGCCGGUGCCGCACGAGACGCACUGCAAGGCUUUAAGAUCACACAAGCGAACGCCAUGAAGAUCUCAUUUGCUAAGAAAUAACUCCUCCUGCCCAGUCUUUUUCUAACAUGCAACCUGGUCUUUUAUAAAUGUACUGCAGUCACCCGAACUAAUACAUUUUUAGAAAAUAACAUUUGCUGAGCAGUUUUCUCUGUCCAGGAUUACAUCUAAGUAUAUGUUCUUUGGAUCAGGAUGCUGUGUUAUUGUUCCACGCCGACAACUUCAGGUACAUUUAUAGAGUUCUUCAUCGUACUGAACAGUAUCACAUCCUGGGUUGUUUUGUUUUUUUACUCAAGUCCAGGUAUAAAUUGAUGAAUCUACUGUAUUUUCUUUGAAAUGUGUGUCAUGAAGCAUUGCACCCGGGGUCUGGUCUACCAGACAUUGUACCUGGAGCUUGUGUUUUUUUUGUAAUUAAAAUAAAUGUUCCUUGAAACAAUG